AUGGUCCUGCCGGGCUCCGGCCGGGAUGGAGCGGGAUCGCCGAGCCCCGGGGGCGGAGAGAGCGGUGCUGAGCGGGACCGGGGCCGACCGGGGCUGCUGCUCGGAUCGGGGCUGCUGCUCGGAUCGCUGCUGCUGCCGAUGCUGCCGGUGCCGAGGCUGCUGCUCGGGGCUGCUGCUGCUGCUGCCGCCGCUGCCGGGCUCAGAUUGCAUCAGCGGGGGAGGGCGGCGCGCUCGGCGGGCGCUCGGGGAGCUCAGCGAGCAGCCGGGGCCGCCCCGCCCCGCCACUCCCCGGCAGCCACACCGCCGCUCGGCAUCCCCCCCGAGGCCCCGGCAACCACACCGCCCCCCGGCAUCCCCCCCGAGCCCCCGGCACCCACACCGCCCCCCGGCAGCCACACCGCCCCCCGGCAGCCACACCGCCCCCCGGCAUCCCCCCCGAGGCCCCCGGCACCCACACCGCCCCUCGGCAUCCCCCCCCCGAGCCCCCCGGCACCCACACCGCCCCCGGCAUCCCCCCCCGAGCCCCCGGCAACCACACCGCCCCCCGGCAUCCCCCCCGAGCCCCCCGGCACCCACACCGCCCCCCGGCAUCCCCCCCGAGCCCCCGCUGCAGCCGGGGCACCCCCGCCCUAA